AUGUCCAUCGGGACCUUCUUGGCGGAUGAGAAUUUCGGUUCUUGGGCUGAUGAAAUGGAGGAUAUGCCCUUGCCCGCCGCCCCAGAGCCGCGCUCAACCUAUGGCGGAGAGCGUCGUGCCAUAAGCUCGACUGCAGGUUUCGGAAAUGGCUUCAACGACCGCGAGCGCCCAGCAUUCUCUUCUCGUCCCGAACUACCUCUUCCCACCGAGCCUCCGUUUACCGCUCAUAUCGGCAACCUUUCCUUCGAUGCCACCUCCAGCGACGUAUCUCAAUUGUUUGCCGAUUGCGAAGUGACCAACGUCCGCAUUGUCGAAGACAAGCUCAAUCGCAGCCCCAAAGGUUUCGGCUAUGUCGAGUUCGCUACGGUCGAGGGACUCAAGAAAGCACUUACCUUCUCCGGCACGACUCUUCAAGGCCGUGCUAUCCGUGUUAGCAUUGCAGAACCACCCAAGGAUUCUGGCUCUUCUCGGGACUUCAGCGACUGGUCUCGCAAAGGCCCUCUACCAGACUUGCCACGCCGUGAAAGUAACCGCAGCUUCAACAGAGAUUUCCCAGACAAUGUUUCCGAAUCUGGUAGUACUCGUGGUGGACGUCGAUUUGAGAGCGACGGUAAAGUCCGUGACUUUGGUAACUGGGAGCGCAAGGGUCCCCUAUCGCCCGUUGCUGCUGUUGCCGGACGCGAAGGUGGUCGUCCACGGAGCAACGAGGGCUCCAACUUCCGCAAGAACUCCCCCGCUUGGGGAGAGGGCCGUUCUCAGGACGGUUCCCGCCCACCCCGCCGUGAAUUCCAAGAGCGACCAGAACGACCAGAGCGCACCCCUACUGCAGCUGAGAUGGAUAACCAAUGGCGUGCACGAAUGCGCCCUGACCCCCCUGCUCCGAAGGAACCCAGCGCUCCAUCGUCCCCAGUUCCUACCCCUGCUGCUCCAGCAGUGCGACCAAAAUUGAAUUUGCAGAAGAGGACUGUGUCCGAGAAUGUCCAGAGCCCGCCUCCCAGUGCUACUGGCGACUCAAAAGCAAGCCCAUUCGGUGCUGCCCGACCCAUCGACACUGCUGCCAGAGAACAAGAGGUUGUUGCAAAGCGCGAACGUGCUCGCAAAGAGGCUGAAGAGAAGGCCAAAGCCGAAAAGGCAGAAAAACAACGUCAAUCAAAGGAAAAAGCCAAGGCAGAGAAGAGCGCAACCGGCGACUCAAACGGAACCAAGGAAACGGACCCAGAUGCACCCAAGAAAUCAAAUUUCGAGGUCCUGAGACGGGCUGCAGAUGAAGACGGCGGUGAAAAUGAAGCAGAGGAAUCCAAAGAGGAGUCGACCGCAGCCAAGGAGCAGCCCAAGGAAGCUGCUGAUAGCAAGACGAACGGCAGUUGGAGAAAGGCUGAGCCUGCCGCCGCUGAAGCCGACGAGGAAGGCUGGAGCACUGUUUCUACAAACAAGCGCAACAAGGGACGUGGUCGUUAUUAAACCUGAGACCCUGACUCUCCAAUCUCUCGGAGUGUUCGCGUUUGUGCCAUAUGAAUUCAAGAUGCAAAAAAAGAGAAUGGUGAUUCGAUUGUCCUCGCCUCCGUACCUCCCUUUUUUCUGAUUCAAAAAAUGUCGGCUAUCUUUCAAACGACUGGAAUAUGAGCAACGAGUUACGCAAAAUGACAUUUUUAACACAUAAUGCAACCACCCCUCUGUCUCCUCUUCUUCUCAUGAAAAAGGCAGCUCGAUCUUUGACACCAACUUGAAGGCUGUUUUGGUUAUGUAUGGCGGAUCGCACAUAUGAUUUUUUCCCCUCUAGAUUAUCUUGACUUGUCUCUGUCUUUCUUACUUAUUUUAUCCCUCGACUAUUGUCUAGGUAUUAACGGUGUUUUUUCCUUUCUCUCUAUGUUUGGGCUGAUUCUAUGGUGACGCUUUUUCUUUUUUCGCUUCCUUAUUCUUUUCAAAUUCCCCCUUCUAACCUCCUCUCUCCUGAAAGCGCAAUGCAAUUUUUCAUUAAAAGUUUCCUCUUACUUGCUCUAUUGUAUUCAAUAUGAUACUCUUAGAUCACCAUCUUCUUCCUUGUCUUUUUUUGUGGCCGAGUGAGCAUGAAAUUGUAGAAGAAUGGGAAAAAUAAAAAAAGAGCAAGAAAUAAGAAGCAUUUUACAAGUUUUUC